UUUGCUCUCCAAAGCGCCCUGUGCGUAACUCUGCCCCGUUGUAAACCAACCUGAUUCUGCGCAAGCGAGCUGCAAGUGGACAUUUACUGCAGUCUGACGGACACCAGAGAGCCGCAGGUCAGACAUACAUCAUGUCCAGUCUGAAGGCGGUUACUGCCAUCGGCCUGGGGGUCGGAGCCCUGCUGAUCACGCAGCCCAGAGACCCGCUGGAGGCAGGACGCAGCGCGGAGUCGACAUGGAGCGAAUCGGGUCUGCAGGGAGCUUCAGCCCGGGCUGUCCUCUGCAUCCUCGCCGCAGUUGCCCUCCUCGCCUUGCGCUGGCUCUACUGGCUGCUCUUCAGUCCGCUGGAGCUGCUGAGGGCGCCGGAGGAUGUUGGAUACAUCACCGAGGACGGUCGCACCAGAGCGCAGGCGGCCAACGAGGUGCGUCGCAGGAGGAAAGUCGGGGAUCUGCCUCCGGUUUACCCAAACGGCUGGUACCGAGUGCUGGACUCGCACAUGCUGGAGAGGGGCGAGGUCAAAAAUGUCUAUAUUCUAGGUGAGCAGCUGGCGGUGUUUCGGGGCCAGGAUGGGAAAGCCUAUGUCCUGGACGCCUACUGCCCUCACCUGGGUGCCAACCUGGCUGUGGGAGGACGGGUGUUUGGAGGCUGCAUCGAAUGCCCAUUUCACGGAUGGCAGUUUCAGGGCAGUGAUGGCAAAUGUGUGAAGGUUCCCUAUUCAGAUAAAGUUCCAGAGGUUGCCAAGGUGCGCUCUUGGCCCAGUUGUGAGGUCAACAAGCAGAUCCUGAUCUGGUUCCACUGCGAUGGAGAAGAACCUCAGUGGAACCUCCCAGAACAGCAGGAGAUCACAAGAGGGGAGUGGGUGUACCGAGGGAGAACCGAGCACUUCAUCAACUCUCACAUACAGGAGAUUCCUGAAAAUGCAGCAGACGUGGCUCACCUGGCUCAGCUGCACACUCCAGGCAUGAUCAGCGGAGCAGAUCUGCGAUACACCAACAGCAAAACCUGGCAGUUUUUGAAACACGACUGGAAGGCUCAGUGGAUACCAGAGUCGGAGCCCAACAAACAUUGUUCCCAGAUGCUGGUGAAACAUGCGCUUACUAUCUUUGGAUACCACUGCUCUCUGCUGGAUGUUGACGUCGUGGCCAGACAGGUGGGUCCAGGUGUGGUGUACCUGCAGUUCAAACAUGGGUUUCUGGGCCGAGGUGUGAUCAUGCACUGUGUGACUCCAGUGGAGCCUCUGCUGCAGUGCGUCUCUCACACCAUCUUCUAUCAGUCCAACAUCCCGCCGCUGGUGCCCAAAUUCAUCCUCAAAGUUGAGAGCAUUCAGUUUGAGCGUGACGUGAUGAUCUGGAACAACAAGAAGUACAUCUCUAAACCUCUUCUCGUGAAGGAGGAUUCGGCCAUCCAGAAGCACCGACGCUGGUUCAGUCAGUUCUACAGCGAAAACAGUCCUCGGCUGCAGUACCAACGCGACACUUUAGACUUUUGACCUCCCUGAACAGAGGCUGGAGACUUUAAACAGAACAUAGGCUGACCUUUAAUGUCAGAGGAAGAAGUCCACGAUUGAUUUUUGUUCCGUCACAUGUAGGAAAUUAAAGGAGGAAAAGGGAAGCUUAGGUUCUUCAUGUAGUGAGACUGUGUUCUUUUGAAACCAAGCAUUUUAAGUCAUUUAAACUUCUUUUUUGGCCCUGUAAAAGUCAAUAACAUGACUUCCCAGCCUUGUUUACAGUAGAAAAGUGCCUGAGUGAGUGGAUUUAGCCCAUAAAUGUGAAAUUUUGAUGAAGAAAUGCCUUGUUGUAACACUGAUGCCAGCUUAAUCUGCACAAUUUAGAUAAUUAAAUCAUGUCUUGUGAUUCAGUGACCUUUUCACCAGGAAUGUGAAUGUUUUUUUCUGUCUGUAAUGUUAGAUUGGGGUUAAUAUGAACUACCUUCCUCUAUUUGAAGUAUGUGUCACAAUACAAUGAUUAAGAGCCACUUUCAUUCCAGCGUUGACAUUAUCUGUGUUAGAAAAUCUUAAUCUGGCCUCCAGGUUUAGAUCUUUAAUGUGUAAUCACCUUGGGCUUGGCCUCAGCUGCAGGUGUGUUUGUUUUUUGAUUGAUAUCUCCAGUUAUUCAGCUGUCAGCUGAUUGUCGUAGAUACAGCACAGUGCAAUGAUAACUUAAAGGGCCACUCCACCACUUUUAAACUUGAGUCUUAGUUUGUCAGUUUCAAUGGCAUUGGCAUGAAUUUUAAUAAGUUUAAACUGCUGCUAGCUUGUAGAGAAACUGCUGUGCAAAGAUUUCAGGCUCUAAAAAUCAACCAAGGGUGCUUUAAAAAAUAAUGGCAUUGACAGUUUUUAGUUCAUUAACCAACUUCAUGUCUUUAGUUGUGCAUAAACAUGGACAAACCCUCCGUGAUUUCACACAUAGGUUCCCUAAAGAGCAAUUUUGAAGCUCAAUGUAGUGGCUUUCAGCCUUAACACAAUUUAAAUGGGUGAGUUGUAUAAUCGUUCACCUUCUAUAUGGUUGUCAUGAACACCAAAAUUAGCUAAAAAGACCAAAAUAGUCUUUUGUACCAGGCUGUAAACACUUUUAUUUCUGCCGUAAAGUUGGUCAUUUUAACAUGAAGGUCAAUGGGAGUUGACCUACUUUUGAGGUCAGCCUCGAGUGGCCAGUUGAGGAAUUGUUGAUGUAAUCCUGUGGAUGCAGUUUUCCAUCUUGGAGGGUGCUGCUAGAGCAUUAAAAAAAAGACAAUAGCUUUGGAAGAAUCAAUAUUUUGUGUGAACACCAUGAACCUUUAAAAUAAUUCUUGUUGAAACACUUACAGACAGCUUCAUAUACCUGUCAUGUUGGUUAUUUAAGCAUCUCUGGUCAGUUCUUCUGUGGAUUCAUGCUGUUUUAGUGUCUUGUCUUUCAAUGCUAAUGAUCUCAGCAUCCCCGGGCUCUAAAGGCUCUAAGCGACCUAAAUCUGCUCCUGAUGUACUGAGUCUUGUUCUGCUUAUGGUUAAACGUACUUCUUUAUGAUGACUCUAGCCAUAUGAUGUAUGGGUUGACACACAUCAUCAAAUUUUUACGACAGUUUCGUCAGGACCUUCUCUAAUUUGCUUGAAUGUUUUAUAGCAUGAAAUAUGAAUAUUUAUAAAGAUAUACAUUUUUGCCUGGUAUAUAAAACACUUUUUUUUUUUUUUACAAACGCGAGAAUACUAGAAUGUAUGUAUUUCUUUUUUCAAAUUACCCAUUGACGCACAGUUUGCACAUUUAAGUCUCAGGUUAUAUUUGGAUGAUAAUGUCUCGGGAACUAUUGAAGAGAAAAGCCUGAGAUUUUUACAGUUAUUUUUUAAUCAUACCAUUGAUUCAGAAUCUGCAAUAUCAGUUGCAGUUUAUUUCCAGUAGAUGGAAAUAAAAUGAAGCCCAUCUUUGAGCACAAAUUAACAAAGAAAUUGAUGAUGCAAAAGGUAAUUAGUGAUCAUUUCUGAAGUGUAUGUAGCUGAACAAACAAAACACAUGGAAUUCUUUUUAAUAUGAAAUGCUUGGUCACACAAAUUAAAAUAAAGUUGCUUUCAUUGAAUUUUCAAAACUUAUUGAGUAGCCAUGUCAAAUUUUACCACUAAAUAAAGGAGAUGGCGUGUAGUCAGGUUUUAGACCAUUUUAACUCUUUAAAUUGACUCUAAGUAUAAAAAUUUGAUUCGGAGUUACGUUAUGGAUGUGAUUAGAUUGAACCAAAACUGUUAAUGGCUGGAAAUUAAACACUGGUGCAGCUUUAAUUGACUCUUUCCACCUAAAUGUAGUGAAGUGAUCUUUUGCUAAUGUGAAAAUGUUGAUUGUGUCCACUGUAGGUACAGUACCUUUCAAAAGUUUGGGGUCUCUUAGAAAUGCCCUUAUUUCUUUUUUUCAAUGAAGAUAACAUUAAAUAGGCCCUUCAGAAAAACGCAGGCUAAAAUCCUUGAUUAUGCGGGCUAAAAUCCUUGAUUAUGCGGGCUAAAAUCCUUGUUUAUGCAAAUAAAUAUGUGGGGUUUUUAUGCCAUUUUAUGCGGGGAAAUUGCGGUAAGUUGCAAAGUAUGCGAACAGUUGUGAAAUAUGCAAAAAGAUGCGAAAUAUGUAAGAACUGGGGGAAAAAGGUGAUUCUUCUCCUACAUCCUGUUACUAGACUACCACUAAGUUGUUGUUUGAGUCCUUUGUGUUCAGCAAACCUUUUGCUGUGCUUUGUCGUGGAGAAGUGCUGCAACACGGUUGAUUUUCUUCGGUGCUCCAGGACGAUGUUGCACGGGGUGCAAAAAAGUUUCCCCCACUUUCGUGUAGUAAAUCUGGGUACUGUUUUGCCCGAUCUCUGACUGAAAUAUUCGUAGGUAAAUGUGAUCUUUGAGCAUUCGCCAUUCUUGUUUUUCGUCUCUGAGCACCGCACAGUGUUGCCAACUCCUCAGUAAGGAAAGUCGCUGUUGGCUGUCCUAAAAGUCGGUAGAAAUCGCUAAAUGACGUCAUCGCCUAAUUUGCAUAUUUCCCAGUUUGCAUGUAAUUGUAAUCAACGUUGUAGGAGAGAGGAAUAACGUUGUGGAAGAGACCAAAAAGUGAGUAUAAAACACCCAAAAUAUGUUUUUGUACUAGAGGCUAAAUGCUGUGGUUUAUUUUAGUAUGACAGUGAAGAAACAUUUUCAUUUAUAUCCCGCUACAUAAGUCUGGAUGGGAUCUGUAGUGACUUUGCGCAUGCGCGAUUCAUCUGCCGUCUGGCCGCGGAGUGAUGUGUCCUCUAAUCAGACACUGGGACUGCUGUGGGGUUACUGGACUAACAGCCUGUGCUUUGGGAGGGGGAGAAGCUCACAGCAGCAUCUGCUGCUCGUUGAGGACAGUAACUGCAGAAUGAUCCAAGUUUUCCUGUCAGUCUCCAAAACUGCAGAAAAAGUUGCUAGAUUUGUGGCUAGUCGCUUUUGACAAAAAAAGUCGCUAGGAUGCUUUGGAAAGUCGCUACAUUUAGCGAGAAAGUCGCUAAGUUGGCAACACUGCGCCACGCUCCGCAUCAGCUCGUGCUUCUAGUGUGUGUCUGAAUGUGCGAUGUCAAGCCAGGCGUCACAUAAAAACUCACUCACAACUCCAUUUAUAUUGGUUAUAGUUUUCUCAUUUUAUGCGGAAAUUGUGAAAUCAAGCGGGACCCGCAUAUUUCUCUUUUUUCGUGGAAAUGUGAGAUUCUUGCGGGAAUUAUGCGCAAUUAUGCGUUUUGCGGGGAUUAUGCGGCCUUUGGGAAAUAAUUGACCCCCGCAUAAUCAGCGGCAUUUUGGUGAUUAAUGCGGGAAUUCAUGCUAUCGCAUAAUCGCGGUUUUCUGGAGGGUCUAAUUAAAUUAAUGAGAAAUCCAGUCUAGACAUUGUUAAUGUGGUAAAUGACUAUUCUAGCUGUAAACGUCUGAUUUUUACUGGAAUAUCUCCAUAGGGGUACAGAGGAACAUUUCCAGCAACCAUCACUCCUGUGUUCUAAUGCUACAUUGUGUUAGCUAAUGGUGUUGAAAGGCUCCUUGAUGACUAGAAAACCCUUGUGCAGUUAUGUUAGCACAUGAAUAAAAGUGUGAGUUUACAGGGAAAACAUGAAAUUGCCUGGGUGACCCCAAACUUUGAAACGGUUGUGUAUGUGUAUGUGUAUGACCCAACAUGUUGGACUAAUGUUUUAACAGAAAUAAUCAGUUCACAUGUUUAUGUCAGUCAGAUAUUAUAGUAACAAAUGAUGAAGUGAAGACACUGAGGCUGAAAUAAAAAUGGCUAAUUUUUGCAGGUGACAAUAAAUCCACCUUGUGCAUUAAUUUGUAAGGAUUGAGGGAUUCAUUGGAUCACAGUUGCCCUUAAUACACUCAGUAAUUUGUUAUCCUUUUUAUUGCUUGAUUGGGAGACAGAAAUACACAGUUGAAACAUUUCUUUUUGUUUAUUCUGGCUGCACCUUGUUGACAUGUUCCUGAUGUAAUGGCUGAUGACUGCGUGCUGCGAGGCCUUAUUAACGCUGCUUGGAGAUGUGACAACGUUACAAAGGCGACGACGUCGAGACGUCUGCUGUUGCUCUUUCAUUUCUGUUGUUGUCAGGUGUGGUCCUCGCUGCGAGAAGACGCAUUUCAAAACAAAACAAAACCAGCAACGUCAAAUACUGCGCAGUACUUCUUAUGAAUACCGUAUGAGCCUCGUCUCCUUUGUUCCUUCUCAAUAUUAAAAUGUAUUUUUGUAACUGGCUAAUUUACAGAUGUAAUGUUUAUUUAAAUAUGCAGAAUAAAUAAAUCUGUCUCCUCGGC